AUGUCCACAAUAGCAUCCACGACACCACCAGCGGCGUUUCAGCUAAAGAGACGUUCGAAAUCACUCGGCGAUCUAAAGACCAAACGAGUACCUGUCAAUGGGACGCCAUUGCCAUUGGAAUGCAAGGACGAAUUGCAUCAGUAUAGCGACGCAUCGGCACCAACAACACCUGUGGUUUCAUUCACGCUUGAUCAUCCAACGAUAUCUUGUCCUUCAUUGAGCAAAGUGCCACGGCGUCGUCAUAGUUCAUCCUAUUGUGGAUCCGGCAAUAAGGAAUGUGUACGACUUGCUACGAUCUAUGGGUGGAGACUUACUACAUCGAAUACUCAAUGUGAUCAUAAUAUCAGUACAUGUUUAUCACGGGAUGUUCAUGCAGAUGUCUCGAUUCCAUCUCCUACUCCUUCUUGUGUUCUGCAGCAGCAACAGCAAGCAAUCACCGCCACCACAACAACUCCUUCUCCUAAAUCAGACACUGAUGUUGCCGUUGUGUAUCCACCAAAGUUAUCCAAACCAACAAAACGCCCAAGUCAACUUUCCUUAUCUUGCUUCCCUUCUCCUCCUCCUCGUUCUUCUCCUUCUGCUCCUCCUCCUCCUGCUCCUGCUGCUGCUGCUGCACCUUGUUCGUCGCCACUCGAUUCAUCAUCAACCCCUACUUCAGCAACAUCGGUAUCAAGUAAACUCUCAAAAAUGUUUACUAGGCGACAAACACUCACUCCUGCUUCCUCCUUUUCACGUCGUCGAUCAUCUACACCCAUACACAACAAUCGUUAUCAUCAUCAUGACGACAAAGCAAAAGGAAUUGUAUCUGCCAUCAUUGCUGUUGCCAAUCAACCUGAUCAUGAACAUGUAUCCCUUGGAUGGGUGGGCGUAGAGGAUUCUACAGCACGAGAAACGCCAUCCUUGAAUGCAGAAGAUGAUAAUGAGACAACAUUACAACGACCACCGACACCACCCAUUGAGAAUGAUCCGCACGUGUUUGAUUUGCUUGCAAACAACUCCAGCCAAUUCGUCAUGUUUAGUCGACGCAAUGAUAAAGACCAUAUCAUGACAUCAGCUACGGCAGAAAAACUAGUUGAAAAGCUUACAUCCGAGAUGGAUUCAGAGUUCAUGAUGGAUUUUUUCUUGACAUAUCGACAAUUCUUGACGCAUAUCAAACUAUGCAAGCUAUUGAUUCUGAGAUUUCGAUGGGCUCUUCUUCAAAGCACAGAUGAUCAUCUUUUGGUUCGAAUUCGCACAUUUGUAGUGAUCCGAUACUGGAUGAUCCAUUAUUGGCAACACGAUUUCGGCACUUCCCGCACAUUGCGUUUCAUGCUAUCCACCUUUUUAUCCCAACUACGUACGCAUCCAGCCAUUGUCAAUUCACCACGAGACUCACGAAUCAUCAACAACUUGAGAAGUUUAUUCAAACGACAACGCAAGCUAUACAAUAACGCAAACAGACAUGGCGAUUUAUCAGUACGAUCCUCCUUAUCCAAUCUUGACUCGCUCACAACACAGUCGUCAGGGAUACCGUUUCCAACGCAACGCUCGGAUACCUCGUAUCAUAGCAGUAGUAAUGAUGCUUGGCAUUCAACAUCACGUGCUGGUUCACGAAAAGAUAGCGCCAUUGGUAUUGCACCGCCACAACAAUUGAAACCUUCCAUAUCCACACCAGCAUUGCCUUUUUUGACACGUCGACGAAGGCUAUCAUCAACAUCUCAUCGCAGUGUUAACAGCAACAAUGCAUGGUCAGCCAAGAUGAAUUUCAGUCUCAAGACCAUCAAAAGAUCAGUACCCACCAUGUACAACUCGAUACGGCACGGCUUACACCAUCCUACAACGAGUCGUGGAAAUGACAUGGAUGCGGCUUGUCAAUGUUCAAUGAUAAAGGAGAAUGAAAUACAAAAGCAACGAGGAUCCAUGUGCUGGACCGGGAAACGACCUUUACAUGAACAGCAACGACAACAUGAAAGCAAAUUCAAACAUCCACAAUCAUCGGUUCACCCUGCAACAUGCUUAUUACACAUACCUCCUCCUUCAACGCCCUCUCCUUCACCAAUGCAUCAUCGAUCACCCGAUUCAUAUCAGCCAUUUAUAUUACAAUAUCGAUCAGAAAUCAUUGCUCAGCAAUUCUGUUGCAUUGAACAACAACUGCUUCAAAACGUGACAUGGGAUGAACUUGUCGAGUUAAGAUGGAGGAAGAACCAACAGCAGCAUCGCAACGCUGGAAAGAGGUUUUUGGAUGAUGAAUCCGAGUUAUGGCGUCGACAACAACAAGGAUGUGGUGUUGAACAAAUGAUCAGCUAUUUCAACAUGACCUGUCAAUGGAUCACAUCCGAAAUUGUGCAAACACGAUCACUUGAAACGCGUAUACGUGUCAUUGAAAAGUAUAUUCGUAUUGCAUUGAAAUGCUUCCAUCAUCGCAACUACAGUACUUUGAUGCAAAUCUUGUUGGGCCUUCAAUCACCCGCUGUCUCUCGUCUUGAACGCACGUGGCAACGACUUGACCAUUACGAGCUCCAGGUCUUUGGUGAACUUAAGGAAUUAGCCAAACCUUUUUUAAACUGGAAAAGCGUACGCCAUGCAAUGAGCCAAGCUAUUCAACAAAUGGAUGAAUCAUCAGCGGUCGAAAGCGUUCUUACAAAAAGUCGUGUGGAUGUCACCAACAAUCAUCGUGGAUGUAUUCCAUUUCUUGGAUUGUAUUUAUCGGAUCUUGUAUUCAAUUCGGAACUACCCAACUUCAUCGCAUUGUCACAUCAUCAGCCAUCAUCUCCAUCACCACUGCCACCCGAUCAAGAUGAUGACGACGACAGCUUUUUACGCGCAAGACUCACUACACAGCUUGUCAAUUAUAACAAAUUUCGCACCAUGGCAUCGAUCGUCAAACAUGUACUUACAUUCCAAGUGUUAUCAAGAGCAUAUCAUUUCCAGCAUCAUCCCGAGCUAUACACUCGCCUUCAAAACCUUAACUUUUUGGAUAAUACAGAAAUCCGAUCAGCUAGUCUCAUGUGUGAAAAUUGA